AUGAUUAACAACUCAAAUGAAUAUAGUACAAAAAAAGAAUAUGAAAAAACAUUCUGGGAACAAAUUGGGAAGCCCAAACAUAUUUUAGCCCCAAUGGUUGAUUUAAGUGAAUUAGCUUUUCGAUUACUUUGCAGAAAUUACAAUUGUCAUUUAACUUUUACCCCUAUGUUACACUCCAAAAAUUUUGUUGACCAGGAAAAAUAUAGAAAAAGCUACUUUCAAAGCUGUGUUAAAGAUAAACCUGUAAUAGCUCAAUUUUGUGGAAAUAAUUCGAAUAUUAUUUUAAAUGCAAUUGAGUUUAUUAAAAAUGAUGUAAAUGCUGUGGAUUUAAAUUUAGGGUGCCCUCAACAAAUUGCAAAAAAAGGAAAUUAUGGUGCCUUUUUAUUACAGAAACACGAUGAAGUUGUCCAUUUAGUUUCAGAUAUAAUUAACAAUUGUGAUAUACCUAUUACUUGUAAGAUUAGAAAAAUUGAUAAAGACUAUCAGAAGACUUUAAAUUUAUGUUAUGAUCUUCAAAGUCGUAAUGUUAAAAUGAUUACAAUUCAUGGAAGAACAAAAGAAGAGAAAGGAAUAAAUAUAAAACAUUGCGAUUAUGAAAUUAUAAAAAUAAUUAAAGAACGAUUAAGUAUUCCUGUAGUAGCAAAUGGAUCUAUUGAACAUUUUGAAGAUAUUGAGAAAUGCUUAAAUUAUACAAAAGCAGAUGCAGUUAUGUGUGCUGAAAUUUUACUUGAAAAGCCAUAUUUUUUUUCAAAUCUAAAUGUUGACACAGUAGAUAUAGUUAAUGAAUAUUAUGAUUUAUUUUUAAAAUAUGAAUCAAAUACAAAAUAUUUAAAAGGUCAUCUAUUCAAAAUGCUUUAUAAAUAUUUUCAAGUACACACCGAUCUACGAGACUUACUAAAUAAUUGUCACUACUUAAAUGAUUACUUAAACUUUCAAGCAGUUUUAAAUGAAAAAAAGAAAGAAGGUGCUUUAAUCGAAUCAUCGCACAGCUGGUACAGGAGAUAUAGGAAGAGCGUCAAUGGGGAGUAG